UAAGCCGUAUUGCUCUUCUGGCUGUGAGAGAGAGAGAGAGAGAGAGCAAAAUCUGGUCCUGUGAUUUGUUAAGAAAUGGAUGCCCUAGAUUCAGUCGUGGAUCCCUUGAGAGACUUCGCCAAAGACAGCGUUCGCCUCGUUAAGCGAUGCCACAAGCCCGACCGAAAAGAAUUCACAAAGGUUGCGUUCAGGACUGCGAUUGGAUUCGUUGUGAUGGGAUUCGUGGGCUUUUUUGUGAAGCUUAUAUUCAUCCCUAUCAAUAACAUCAUCGUUGGAUCUGUUUAGCCAAUGGGCAUUAAGAGGAGCCAUUGUUGGAAUAUAGAAGACAGAAAGUAAAAGUAGAAGACAGAGAACUGUGGCCUGAUGCUCUUUAUCUUUUAAAUGCACGUACACAUGAUGGAAUGUUUGGAGACCAGGCCAUCUUGAGGCGUUUAAUUUUCUUACAUUAGUUUCCCAUUCUAGUAGCUUGUUUGAGACACUGCUUUUUGGAAACUUGCCUUGCGGAUGUAGGAGCCCUUAUGCAGGCUUUUUCCUCU